AUGCAAUUAAUCCUUGAUAACUCUUAGAUACAUAAGAGUCCUGAAUAAUUAAGAAGGGAAAAAUUGGAUAUCAAAAUAAAAACAAUUAAAGCAGAUUUGGCUCCUGGAGUUGUGAAAUACAUGAUGAAGACUAAGAAUAAUCAAAAAUUACAAACUCCCCUGCAUAAUGUAGAAUAUCAUCAUACUUACUCUAAACCAUAACUCACUUAUUUAAAGACUUUCUCAAAGAUGGAUUUAGAGCCUGCAGUAUAAUUAGAUGAGGUAAAGGAAGAAAAAUGGAGCAUUUUAUCAAAAAACUGCAGGAACAUUUUAGAAAAAUCAAGAAUUAGUUUAGGGAAACCAAAUGAAUCUCAAUAUUUAAGACGAUCUUCUAUUGAACUCAUACCUAGUCCUCAAAAAUAAAUCAAAAAUAAUAAUAAAUUUUUGACUCGAAGAUAAUCCAUAGAUUUAAGGAUAGAUGAUAUUAAAUCUCCAUUACAAUCCCCUGUGGAAUUGAAAAUCCCAUCUCCAAAACCUUUGGGAAUGAAAUUGGAUCCCUUUUAUGUUAGAUUCAAAAAGUACUAUAAAAAAAUUGGACUUCCUUAAGAUGAGUAGCCAAAACCCCAAAAUAACAAGUUUAAAAAGCUUCACAAAAAUUCUUAUUCCUAGGAUAAGUUAUACAAAAUUAACUCCCCUCAAACAUAAAAUUAAAGUUUUAUUUUCUUUUCCACAAGUUUAAUGUUCUCCUCAGGCAUAUAAAAAAUCUGGGUUUUAGAAGAGAAAAACUCAAGUACAAUAUCUGAAGGAUAUUUUGGCUUUAUGUAAUAUGGCUCAGCAUUUUCAAGCAGAGAUGAAAAAGGAUGA